CUUCUUCUUCUUCUACAAUGAAGUCACCAACACCAUCUAAGUCUUCAUCAACAAAUUCAUCUAUUGUAGGAUCGAGUUCUUCUUCUUCUACAAUGAAGGCAGCCACACCGUCCAACUCGCCGUCGUCGUCGAAAAUCAUCCUUUGUCCAGAUGAUCUGCUCGCCGGAAGGAGAGGGUCGCCGGAAGGAUCUGCUCGCCGGAAGGAGAGGCUGCCGGAAGGAGAGGAUCGCCGGCAAGAAGAGAGGGGACGGCAAGGUUGAGCGGCGGCGAGUAAAGGAAAAAAGGAGAGAGAGAGAGAGGAAAAAGUGGAAGUGGUGGUUGAGAUGAUCAUAAAUGCUCUCCUUCCCCUUUUGUUCAACAAAUAUCCAACCUUCCUCCUUUUUGUUCAGCAAAAUCCCGCCCAAAAUUGCCUUCACCAAAGAAAAAUGGGCCGAAAAUUAAUUUGAUGUGCCUUCGGCCCAUGGGCCCUCGGCGGGCGGCCCUUACUAGGCUGCAAGCCCACCCCGAAUUAUAUCACUCUUCUCCCACUUUCCCGCCCAUAUUUUGGCCACCCCAAAAAACUGCCCACCUCCCGCCCAGGUUUUCAGGCCGCCCAAAAACCGCCCACUUACUCCGCCCAUAAUUUCGGCUCGCCCAAAAAAGCCCCAAGCCCUCUCUCCUCUCGGCUCAUGUGUCAGUGAGUAUCUACUCACACUUUGGCCUGUGAGCAGUUUAACUUUUUUCCGGCCACGGAGGAGAAAUGAUCAAGACUAGGCAACGCCGUUUCGGCUGAGGUGGUUGGCCUUGCGUAUGGGCCAGGCCUGGAAUAAGAGCUAACCAUUAACUCAUUCGACUCCAUGAACAGAAUUAAGAAAGGCUUCGGCCCAAACAGGAAGCCAGACAAAGUCUCAGCCGUGGAUCGUUAGUGGUGUCAACGAGUGGGAAAUCCCGGCGACUGCCUAGGAACGAAGGGAACGCGGAAGCAGAGAAGCGCCGUCAAUUCCAGGCGGCGAUUUCCUCGAACUACCAGUACUGCUUUCUGCUCCAGCGCGGUGGAGCAGGAAAGGAAAGGGGAAGGCUGGAAAUAAAGAUGAGGCAACAGACGAAGCUGAACGCGAUUCGAUCAGGGCUAGUGGUGAUGGGGGCUUUAGCUUUUGGGUACUUGACAAUGGAGAUCGGCUUCAAACCUUUCCUCCUGAAAGCGCAAGAAGAAGAGCGACAGAAACAACAACAACAAGAAUCUCUCACUCCUCAAGAAAAAUCCCCAACCCACGAGUCGUAUUGAUUUCCAGGUCUGCUUUUGUUGCUUCAAUCGAAAGGUUAUAGAAAAUCUGCAUGGGAUCUAGCAAAGGGAAGCGUGCUUUAUCAACAUUCAUACCUAUGCUCAUUUGGGUCGGUAGAUUAUCGCUUUUUCUGUAUCCAUUUACUGAAGAUUUUGUACCCAGUGUUGGUCGUUCCUGGUUAAUGUUAUCAUAUUUUUAUCUUAUCCCAGCUGGGGAAAUGGGACUGGAAGAAGGUUUUAAAAACAAGAGAUAAAGUUGAGCAGUUUCUUACAUGUUGGAACACUCAGGUAUUCUGGAAAGGUAAAAUCUUGCAUAAAUUCUCUGUGAAAACAGUAUGGAAGGACCUGAGAAUGGUUGCCCCUAAAGUAGCUUGGUAUGCUUUGACAUGGGAGCACUACUGUGUGCUCAGACACAGUUUAGUUAGUUGGCUUGUGAUAAAAGACAGGAUAUAUACAAGGGAUAAGCUGAAGCUGUGUGGGAAAGUCUCUGAUCACAGUUGUGUGCUUUGCAGCAGAGGCCAUGAAUCCAGAAAUCAGUUGUUCUUUAUGUAUGUAUUCCAAGACAGUUUUGCAGAGCUGCUUGCAACUUCUUCAGGUGCAGUACAUGGGGUUCUCUCAGUAUGAUCAGUAUGUGCAGACUGCAGUGGGCGAUUCCGAAGUUUUGGGGUAGAAGGCCGAGGCUAAGAUUGAAAGAUUAAUGUGGAAUGUUAUGGUAAGUUUGAUAUGGAGGGAAAGAUGUAGUAUUUGCCAUGGUGGACAUGCUGUUUCUCAAUAACAUUUAGUCCACAGGAUUAGGAGUACUCUUGAGCUGGUUUGUCUGGGGAAUAGUCAAUUGCAGAGUGACUGUCAUCUUACUGGUAUUGUUUUGUGUUAAAGUCGAAAUUAGUAUGGGCUGUUGCUGGUUAGGUACGUGAGUAGAUAGAGUUCCUCAUUGUUUGAGUUCUUAUACUGUAACACUUCAGAUUGGAUUCUCGAAUUGAGAAUACCAUAGGAGCUUCAAUAAUAGUUUUGAUUAACCAUAAAAAAAAACGAAAUGAGACUAGAAUUUCACCAUUGAUAGACUCUGUAAAUUGGACACGUGAGCUCAAUUCAGAUAAAGAUACAGGUUUUUUUAUGGCUUUCUGAAUCCCAUAAUAAUCACUUGCUUCUCCAGUAUUCUAUUCCCUAGCAUAAAAGGCUCCCUUUCUUUGUUCUUAACUGCAGAACAUAACAUCGGCCAUUGGCUCCCUUUCUUUAUUCUUAACUGAUUGAUCAUCAAGAAAAAAAAAACCAGACCCCUAUCUCUCUCAUCACCGAAAUUCUUCAGCAAGGUUUUGGCCGAAAUCGCAUAACUCGUGAGUAAUUAGCGAUUGACAUAAGCUAGUGCUAAUUGUUUUCAACAUAGAACACACAUCCAUCUCUCUCAAAGUUGAUCAUGAAACAUCUCGCAACACACGUGGACGACCAUGACCAUGACCAAUUGACCAUAAUAUUUCUGGGUAUUUAACGGAAUAAUGGACCGGUGUAUUCAAUAGGGUACCUGGUCGAGAUGGGGAUAUGGAAAGUUAAUGCUGUUUUCUUUCAAUUCCAUCCGUCUGAUAAUCUUCCAUUAGCGAUGUUUCCUUUUUUUUUUGUGUGUGCCAUUCAAUCACUGUCAAAGAGAGGAAAUGAUAAGAUCCAUACAAAAAACCUAUACAGUAAAACCGAUAUAAUACGAAGCCAAGAAACAAAGUCGAACCUCAGGCAACACUCGAGGUGACAAAAACAAGGCAUAUGAUAGGCCACUGAAUGAGCUAGCUUGUUACUAUUGCGACCAACGAGCCUCAGACUAUACCCCAAACCCACAUCCAAGAGUGACGAAAUCUCACGAAGGAUGGAACCCACUUUAGCAUCAUGGAAAUCACCCGCUCUUAAUUUGUCAAUACUCACUUUGGCAUUCCCACAAAUAGCAACAUUCAUAAAGCCUUGUACCCGACACUCUUGAGUACAAUCUCGGGGAGCUAGCGUCUCAAAGAACAUGAGUGUCAUUGAUCACUCGAUACAUAUUUGUAGCAGCAACAAUUACCAAACCUAGGCCAUCACGUAUAACAAAAGUAGUCAUCCCCGAGGCAUCAUUACUAGUCGCACCAUCAAAGAAACCUAGAAACUCAGUUGAAUGAGAAGACGACGGAUCGGUAAUCAUGAAAUGAAGGUGAGAUUAAAGCUGGACAACACAAGUGACGUGCAAAAAUCAUAUCAUAGUAGUAAAUUCUAAGAUGUCUUAAGAUCAUAUUCCACAAGAACUUCUAAUGCAUCACUACUCACGUCAAACCAUCCAAUGCUUCAACAAUAAAAGUAAAAAUAUUUAGUGCAAUUUUCGAGUAACAUAAACAAUAACCAUCCAA